UUCGCAUCUACGCAGAUCUUGUUGGAUAUCCCCUUCUGGUGCCGCGAUGGGCAUUUGGUUAUCUGGCUGGCGGAAUGAAGUACUCCAUGACGGACGACCCCCCUGCGAGCCAAAGCAUGAUGGAGUUUGCGAGAAAGCUGAAAGAGCAUGAUAUUCCAUGCUCGGGUAUGCAAAUGUCUUCUGGAUACACGGUUGCAGAGACCGAACCCAAGACACGAAAUGUCUUCACGUGGAACAGACAUCGCUUUCCAGAUCCUAAAGGCUGGAUUGAUGCAUACCACAAAGAAGGAAUUCGACUCAUCGCAAACGUCAAGCCGUAUGUGCUGGGAAGCCACCCAGAGUACCAAAAGCUCAAGGAGGCCAAUGCUUUCUUCACCGAUUCACUUACAACAGCGCCGGCUGAAGCUCGUCUUUGGAGCGCCGGAGGUGGCGAAAGUGGUAUUGGCGGCCAUAUUGACUUUACAUCAAAAGCUGGUUAUCAAUGGUGGUAUGAAGGCAUUCGCGAACUGAAGCGAAUAGGAAUUGAUUGCAUCUGGAAUGAUAACAAUGAGUACACUAUCCCUCACGACGGGUGGCAAUGUGAACUUAGCGAGCCUUCGGUUAGCCAAGAGCCGAAGAAUGAAAAGUAUGGCCAAGAGAUUGGGUUCUGGGGACGGGCACUAAAUACUGAGCUCAUGGGCAAAUCCUCUCACGAUGCUUCGUUGGAGGUUGAACCGGAACAGCGUCCUUUUAUCUUGACCCGUAGUGCCACAGCCGGGACAUUGCGAUACUGUGCCAGUGCCUGGAGUGGCGACAACGUGACCUCCUGGCCCGGCAUGAAAGGUGCCAAUGCUCUUUCCCUGACUGCCGGCGUCUGUCUGAUGCAAUGUUACGGCCAUGACAUUGGUGGUUUUGAAGGCCCUCAACCAUCGCCCGAACUGCUCGUUCGUUGGUGCCAGCAAGGCAUCUACAGCCCUCGCUUCGCAAUCAACUGUUUCAAGACUGGCAACGACAACAGCGUCGGCGAUGUGAUUGAGCCUUGGAUGUAUCCCGAGACGACGGCAUUGGUUAGAGACACCAUCAAGCGUCGCUACGAAAUGAUUCCGUACCUCUACUCGCUUGCCCUGCAUUCACACAUGACGGCAACGCCUCCACAGCGAUGGACUGGCUGGGGAUACGAGUCGGAUCCCGAGAUAUGGAACAAUAAGGUCUUGACAGACGGCGAGACACAAUAUUGGCUUGGCGAUGCACUGCUGGUAGGCGGCGUUUUCGAAGCCAAUGCCGAGAGCGCCAAGAUGUAUCUCCCUAAAGAUGCUUCGGAUCCCAGUGCUGAGUUCCUCGAUUUAAACAAUGAUCCCCAGACAUACUACAAGGCUGGGCAGUGGGUCGAUAUCCAAGCAAAGUGGACUGAAAGCAUCCCUGUACUAGCAAAGGUUGGAUCGGCGAUUCCUGUUGGGAGGGCAGAGCAAGUGCUUUCGGUAGGGGAGAAGAGUAACCCUGCGAACCUUGCCCGCGACGAUUACCGUGCUGUCGAGGUGUUCCCACCAAAGGCUUCAUCAAACGGCAAAGUCUACACAACGACUUGGUACGAAGACGAUGGUGUUUCACCGCCGCCCGCGAAGAUUUCCGUGUUUGUCGUCAAGUACGAGGCGUCGGAAAGCGAGGUCUUGGUCAGAUAUGAAGAGAAGUUGAAGCAAGGAUUCGAGCCGGCAUGGUCGGAAUUGGAGAUUAUCCUGCCUCGAGGUGAUUCGAGAAGCGUGUCGUUCAACGGGAACAAGGCUGAGAAGGUAGAUACCGAUGCAAAGGGGAGGACCAGGUGGAAGGGUGUGGUUGAAAGGAGUGGUAAGUAAUCGACGGCUGCACUGAUGAACUUGCUAGAAUAAAAAAACAUUAGACCAAGAACCUUCAAUACGAUUUGAUGAUGUCCAAUAGCAUUAGCAUUUC